CAUUCCCUGACAGUUUAUCUCAUGCUCUCCUCUGGAAUUCCAAAUAUCCCAGAAUAUGUUUUGUAUGGAUCCAUUGAUGAAGUUGUGGUGGUUUAUUAUAAUGCCAAAUUGGAAAUGAUAGAACCCAGACAAGACUGGGUAAGAGAGAUAAAGGAGAAGAAUGCAGAACAUUGGGACGGAUCUUCCCAGCAGUUGGUACAAUAUCUGCCUGUAUUCAAGAAAGAAGCUACCAGUUUAAAGCAGCAUCCAAACCAAACUGAAGGUGACAUUGUCCAGCAGAUCAUGGGUUGUAAAUGGGACGACCAGACACACAAAGUUGAAGGAUACCAGACUUACAGUUUAAAUGGAGAAGCCUUCAUAAGGCUUGAUAUCGAAACAGGCAGAUGGGUUGCUUUAUGUCCACAGGCUGAAUUUGCUGAGAAGGAGUGGAAUAAAAACCCAGACCAUGGUCAAACAAUUAAGACUGUAUUUACAACAGUUUGCAUUGACUGGCUGAAGAUAUACGAUAAUUAUGGGAAGAAAUUUCUGCAUAGAAAAGUUCUCCCCUCAGUGUCUUUGCUGCAAAAGACUCCUUCAUCUCCAGUCAGCUGUCACGCUACAGGUUUCUAUCCUGACAAAGCAGUUAUUUUCUGGAGAAAAGAUGAAGACGAGCUUUACGAAGAAGAGGUGGAUCUGGGAGAAAUCCUUCCAAACUGUGAUGGGACUUUCCAGAUCAGUGCUACCCUGAAAAAUUCAGCAAUCUUACCUGAAGACUGGGAUAGAUAUGACUGUGUGUUUCAGCUAUUCAGUGAAGAAAAUGAAAUCAUCACAAAACUGGAUAAAAUGGUGAUCAGAACCAAUAUUGGAAAAAGCACAAAAGAUCCACCAAUCCUGAUUGUUUUGGUUGCUGCUGCUGCUGUGAUUCUCAUUGUGGGAUUUAUUAUUUACAGAAAAAGGAAAGAAAAACACACUGAACAAUCUUCUCCUGACAGCGUGCAUGAGCUCUCAGAACGGCUAAGUCCAGCCUAAGUCAAGUAACUCACCAAAUACAGCAACAACUAAGGCAUCCAGUGUUAGCAGUUGUAGCUAAAGAAGAAGAGGAAAUAGAAUAAAUGUCAUAAC